UGAACUCUUGCUAGCUAGCGACGCUGACAAGUACGGGCAGGAUAUGUCUCAAAGAUCUAGCAAGCUAGCUAUACUUUUUUAACUAUGCAUAUUAUUGUCCCGUCAAAAUACUAAAUAAUUUAGCUAUCUAGUGUAAAUUUUGCUAACUAGCUAAACGCUAAUUUACUGUCUGAGCAAUGUCUGUGCCAGACAGUGAAGAGACUUGUCUUACUAGUUAACGUUAGCUUGUCUGCUUAUACUUUAGCUAGAUACAGCUUGCCACAAUGCUUUUUGAUGAUGGCUUCAACUUCCACAGCUGACAUAAAAGUGUGGCAUGAGGGCGACAGAUGCCUCGCUCCCAGCCCCAGAGAUGGCACCCUACUACGAGAGGGGACAAUCCAGAAACUCCCUUCCACUUCUCAUGGUGAGGACAUGGCACUGGUGAAGUUCACAGAUCAACAUGAUGAGGAAGAGGAGGCAGUCUUUCCAGUCUGUAAACUCCAGAGACCAGACACAAACCAGUCGUCCACCAGUGUAGUGUCUGCCCAGGAGAAGCCUCUAUUCCUCUGCAGCCAGACCCCCCCCGGUCCAUCAGAGCCCUUGGUGUUGUCACAGAGUGGUGUGGCAGUCCCAUACACCAUCAACAGGUACCUGAGGUACUACCAGAAGGAAGGGAUCCAGUUCAUCUAUGACAACUACGCACAGUCCAGAGGAUGUAUCCUGGGAGAUGACAUGGGCCUGGGCAAGACCAUUCAGGUCAUUGGUUUCCUGGCUGCUGUGCUGGGUAAAACAGGGACAUGGGAAGACAUUGAGAACAACAGGCCUCAGUUCCUUCACACUCAGAUCCCCACACAGCGAAGCAAACCCAGAAAGGUGUUCCUGAUUGUGGCCCCUCUGUCGGUGCUGUACAACUGGAAAGAGGAGCUGGAGACGUGGGGUUACUUCCUGACCGUGGUGGUCCACGGUCUGAGGAAAGAGGAGGAGCUGGCUCGCAUCCAGAGGGGACGCUCUGAGAUCGCCCUCACCACCUACGAGACCCUACGCCUCUGUCUGGAGCAGUUUAACAGCAUUGACUGGUCUGCUGUGAUAGUGGACGAGGCCCACAAGAUCAAGAACCCCAACUCCCAGAUCACUGGGGCAAUGAAGGAGCUGAGGUGUCUGGUCAGAGUGGGCCUCACUGGCACAAUCCUGCAGAACAACCUGGACGAGCUCUGGUGUGUCAUGGACUGGGCCAUCCCUCGUUGCCUUGGCAGCCUGGGUAACUUCAAGAAUAUGUUUUCGGACCCCAUCGAACUGGGGCAGAAGCACAGCGUAACUAAGCGGGCCCUAGCGACGGGCAGGAGGGCGGUCCAGGCCCUGGCUGGGAAGCUCUCCCAAUGGUUUCUCCGGAGGACCAAGGCUCUUAUCAGAGAGCAGCUGCCCAAAAAAGACGACAGGGUGGUGUACUGUUCGCUGACGUCGUUCCAGCAGACUGUGUACCAGGCGGUACUGGAUACGGAGGACGUCACCCUGCUCUUGCGCUCCUCAGAGAAGUGUGACUGUCAGAGUGGACGCUCCCGCAGGAAGUGCUGCUAUAAGGUGAAUGCUCGGGGUGUGCGUGUGACAGACCUGUACUUCAGUUACUUGGCUAUUCUCAGGAAGGUGGCCAACCACGUGGCUUUACUGCAGUCCAAGUGGAACACUAGCAAAAAGCAGGAGCAGUAUGUGAAUGAGAUCUGUGAGAAGGUGUUCCAAAAGUUUCCUGACUUCACAGAGAAAUGCAAGCAGACAGCAUUUGAGGCCAUGUCAGACCCCAUGUACAGCGGAAAGAUGAAGGUUCUACAGAGGUUGUUGAAACAUUACGUGCAGAGAAAAGACAAAGUACUAUUAUUCUCCCUCUCCACUAAGCUGCUGGACGUGCUGGAGAGCUACUGCAUGGCAGAUGGGCUGGAGUAUAGCAGACUGGAUGGCAACACCAAGUCCAGAGAGAGGCUGAAGAUUGUCAAAGAGUUCAACAGCUGCCCUGACAUCAACCUCUGCCUGGUCUCCACCAUGGCAGGGGGUCUGGGUCUGAACUUUGUGGGGGCCAACAUUGUGGUCCUGUUUGAUCCCACCUGGAACCCUGCCAAUGACCUGCAGGCAAUUGACAGGGCGUAUCGUAUAGGCCAGUGCAGGGACGUGACAGUGUUCAGACUCAUCUCUCUGGGAACAGUGGAGGAGGUCAUCUACCUGCGCCAGGUCUACAAACAGCAGUUGCAGUCUUCUGUAGUGGGUAAGGAGAGUGCCCGGCGGUACUUUGAUGCAGUGCAGGGGUCCGACGACCAGAAGGGGGAGCUGUUUGGGAUACAGAACCUCUUCAGGCUGCAGACCCAGGGGACCUGCCUCACCAGGAGAAUACUGGAGCGGGAGGGACGAGUGGAGGUAGGAGUAAUGACGGCCAGCACCCACACAGGGGAAGAGGAGGAGAGGAAGAGCGAGAGCGAGGCUGGGGAGGUUUCCGCAAGGGACCACUGUGAACUGGGCAAUGGAGGGGCGAUCGGCAGUGUAGGGGCCUCGAGGAUCCCCAGGGGAACAACCAGGGGGGUACUGGACUUCAGCAGUGGCAGUGAGGAGGAGGAGGGGGGACGGGGGGGCAGGAGUAAGGUGGAGAAGGGGAACACUACCCUUCCUGGCCGACUCAGUCUCCUACAGCAUGGCUUCUCCAGGUUGCUCCAGAGGUCAGGGGUCAGGGCUGGGUCAGGGUCAGAAUCAGGGGAGCAUAGCCAGAGUGAGGGGGGAAGGAGUGAUUCUGAGGAGGACAGUGAUGAAGACAGUUCUGCCAUGGCACCAAAGGGCCUCAGCACCGCAGGGAGUGGGGGCCCCCAGAUCCCUACAUUGGCCCCCAAGGGUGGGAACCACCUGGAUGCAGCUCCUCUGAAGAACGACUGGGACGUCUCCAGUGGCUCUGAGAGGGAGGAAGAAAGGAAUGGAGGGAGAGGGGAUGGACAGAGGGGGCGAGACCAUGAUCCUGUUACACUGUCAGGAGAGAGUGAUGACAUGGCGAGAAAAAUACCAAAUCUGAAACAAGGAAUAAGGAGGAAGAGGAGGGUGGAGGAGGACAGUGAUGAUGAUUCACCCCCCUCCGGCGGAGGCAAACGACCUAACACUAAAACUCCAGUUUCCAGAAUGCACCAGGUGGUGUUUGACUCUGAGUCUGAGGACAUUGACAUAGACAUUGAGGAGCUAAUCAGACCUUGUGCACAAACUCAUGUGCUUAAGAGACGCCCAGCACACCUGAGAAGGAGGGAGAUGGGGAGAGAUGGUGGUAGUAAGAGAGAGACCAGCAACAGACCAGUAGACCAGAGUAGAAGAACCAGACAAGCAGAGGACAUUGAGACUUUUACCUCCUCAGACGAAAACCACACUCCAGUCGUAAGAGUCCGAUCUGUUACAGCCCCACAGAACCACAAUCAUGGCCCAGACCCACAGACAGACCAACACGGAGCGGGGGCGUUUACAGGUCUGAAAAACCCAAAAGCGAACCAGACUGUCCCUUCUGCCAAAGGACCGUCCUGUGGAACGAUUGAUAAUGUGUUAGGUGGUGUACGGGAGGUGGUUUACACCCACUCUAACCAACAUGUGGUGGGCGGGAGCAAGGCCGAGGAGCGAAUCAGCAGAGUCGCUCUCAGAGACGUGUUUGAGCGCAGGAAGUUCUCCCAGCUUCCAGCCAAUGAACUCCGGGACACACAGGAGACCCAGCCUGAACACACGCCACCAUUCCGUACUUCCCAUAAUGAUGUUGGUUGGGUGGGAGCAGUGCACAGACCCAGUGUGGACCACCCAGUCACACACACCAUCAGAAGCGUCCACCACCCCACCCAACACACCACUGUCAUUAUCGGAGAGACCCCCGGAACCAUCCGAAGGCAGCAGCUGGAGGAGAUGGCGUGUGUAUUUGGAUCCGGUUCAUUGAGACAGUUUGCUGAGGAGGUUCUGAGGAGUACCUCUGCCCAGAGACUGGCUCAGCUACGACAGUACUACACUGACCAGGGCCCUGAGGUGGCUUCCAUCAUCAGGGAGAACUUCGCAGAACCACACACAGCCCAGCCCAAAGUUGACAGGACAGCCUCCAAGCCUUCCUCCUCCUCUACAACCAAACACAGACCCAGCUCCAAAAGGAACCAAAGAGUUGCUCUAGAACCCCAAGCAGAACCUAGAACCCCACAAAGGUCCCUCCCAGAACCCCAGAGGGAUGUUCCCUCUUCUGAGGAGCAGAGGGUCCGGAACGCCAGAGGAGGGAAGAAGAAGAGUGGUAAUAGUAGAAUAUCGAGAGCUGCUCAGUACUCCAGCUCAGACCUGGACAAUAGUAGGAGUAGUCCUCUGGGACCAGGGGCCUCUGGAGCUCAACCCGUUUCCUCCUCAUCUUCUUCAGCUCUCAACCAUCCCGAGGCUAAGCCUACAGCCAGCCCCCAGAGAGGGAGGAGCAGCCUGCUGUCCUCCCCCAGGAAGAGUGAGGCUGUGGGGAGGCAGCGGUACAGAGCUCAGCCUUCCUCUCCCCCCAGCCAGCAGGUCCUCCUCACAGAGCUGCUAGGAGACACCUCCAUCCUGGACGACCUGCUGCGACCCAGAAGCAAGGCCUCCUCAGAGCCUCAGAGGGGCUUCCCAAAAACCCCUACCUCACGGGCUGUCUUUACACCCACUUCUCACUCUGCCACACCUGCCUCCUGUCACCCUACAACGCCUCCCAAACCGCCCAGCACACCCCACCCUCGGCCCCUGACAAAAUCCAUCCCAGGCCCUUCUUCUACUACUACUCCCCCCUCUCGAUCCGUCACCACACCCCUCACACACCCCAUUACACCACUUUUCUCUCUAGCCCCUGAGAGGUCAAAGAACAGCCACAGAGACUUCUGGGACAUUUUGGAGGAGGGUAACGAGGAGAGGAUCAACAAACUGACGGACCCGUCGGAGGUAGAGAGGGUGUGUGAGAGUGCUAGCAUCAGGGCCAGAGGAGGAACAGGGGGAGGAGAGGAGAAAGGGAAUACGUCACUCUGGAAGAGGAACGACAAGUUCCUGUGGAAGAAGUGAUUCUGGGGGAGACAUGACGACAUGCAAAUGUGUUUUGCGUUCGACUUUUAUUAUUAUGAUGCUUUUUUUAAACGAAAAAUGUAAUCGUUUUGGUUAUUGUAACCUAUCCUGAAAUUAUAGAUAAGUACGUGUGUGUGUGUGUGUAAGUCAACCGUGUAGACAAAACCGUGUGUGUGCGUGCUCAUGUAUGUUUGUGCAGUAUGGAAAUGUACAUUGUAAUCCAGAACAUUAAUGCCAUGUGCCAUUGACUUAGGCCAGACAUGGUCUGACUGUGUCAGUGGUGGUAACCCGAGUUUCCUGCUGAACUAAUUAGUGACCACCAGCCUGAGAAUCUCAUGUCUGGUCACUUACAUGGCAGGACCCUUGGUGGUCCUAAUAAAAAUCUCCCUUUUAAAUUAGACCUGUCAUUUCGAGCCCAAAUCCCCCCCCGCCCCUUGUUCACUCACUUUAUCUGUGUGUCUGUCUUUUCCUAUAUAUUCUUUCUCAAUAGACGGUGUGUAUGGGAAGUGGGCCAGGGGCUGUCUGGGGGCAGAGCCUGUGGUGGGUGCAUGUCUGGGCGCUCCUUCCCGCAUCAGUACUCUGCAAAAUGACAGGCUGUGGUUGUGCUCAGCUCUGCUUCUAAUGGCCUCAGAGUGGAGGCCACUGCUGCACCAUUACAGCAUUAACGAGGUAAAAGGGAGGCUGAGAAAAGAGCUGCUGAACCCCCCGCCCAUUACCCUCAUCCCACCACAGGCACCUUCCAAAAGGCACCCUAUUCCCUAUAUAGCGUACUAGUUUUAACCAUCACCCAUAGGCACUAUAUAGGGAACAGGGGUAGCGUUUUGAACGGGCCCACAAACCAUCAGACUGAUGCUUCCCUUCACCUCACAGGCUGUCAUCCACUGACUAUUGCAGAUGUGCAGUGUAGUUGUGCACCUACAGUCUUUUGCAUAUAGAGAACCAGUAGGAUUUGGAUGUGCCCCAUCUGUGGGUCCUGGCCCACCAUUUUGGGGACGACUGCUGUAUACCAUCUCUGAUAGUUACUGUAUAGAGGUGCGUGUGUGCGAGAGAGAAAGCCACGCAGCUGUUUGACCUCUCAGCUGAGGUAAGCAGAGCCCCAAAGGGUGCAGCUCUGUUAAUGUGUUUUGUUUAGCUGAAAUGAGAAAGUGCUGAUAGCUAUCAAUAAACAACAAGACUAAUACGUGCCUCAACAGAACACUGCUCCGCUGCCAAAGCUGUGUGUGUAGCCCUUCUGGGUGGUAGAAGGUGCACACAGACAGGCCACACAUCUGCCACGCCUGUUCAAAUCCGAGACUGAGGACAAUAAAAAAGCCCUUUCUAUGUCUCUUUCCUCCUCAAACUCACGCCACGAACAGAUUCCCAUCUACCUCCCCUCCCCUCUUUGCUCAGUCUGGUUCAAGUGCAAUGACAGUCAGGCUUAAGGUUUUAGAAAUGUACAAAUGCACUUAAUGAUUGUAAAGAAUUGGACACCUCUACAGUACAUCAUGCCCCAAUGAUUCCCAAUGUUGUCCUGUCUAAAAGCUAUCUAAAAGGAUUCCAGCUCUUCAGUGACGUGAGAAAUGCAAACCGAGUGCUGUUCUGUCCUCUGGAUGGAUGUCAAUAAAAAAAAACAGGUGGAA